AUGAUACUUUUGAAAAGUAUCUCAGGAGCAGGGUAUAGCUACAACGAUUCCGCAAAUCAGAAGAAAGAAGCUAAACCUCCACUAGUCUCAUGCUUGAACUCGAUUAAAACCAUUACACACUUCCGAUUUACGGAUUCGCGACUCCACCAUGGAUUUCUUCUUCCCAAAAAGAGCUGUUUUUGUGUUUCUGUUAACCUAAAUAAAGACUUUCGCGUCAUCAAAGUGGUCGAUGAUGAUGACGACGAUGAGGCGGUGGAGCACGAUACAGCGUCUAAUUUGGAUUGGAAAGACGAAUUUCUAGGACACAUCGAUCCCCCAAAAAGGAGAAAACAAAAAGAAAAAUCCGAAUUACUCGAAGAAACAGACACCUCAGAUUGGUGCGUAAGAGCUAGAAAAUCUGCUCUCAAGUCUAUUCAAACUCGAGGUUUGACAAACGCCAUGGAAAAUCUCGUCACCAAGAAGAAAAAGAAGAAGAAGAUCAAGAAGAAACUGGUUGUUAACAAGCCAAAGCCUGUUGAUUUCAAUUCUGAUGAUGAAGAUGAAGAUGGAGAUGAAGAUGUUGAACUGAACAUCGAAAACCUUUUGGAUGAUGAUAAAGAUCAACUUUUAAGAAACGUGGGCAUGAUCGCAGGUGGAAUGUUCAACGAAAGGAAAGAAAAAACAAUGAAAACUUUUGCAGAAAAACUAUCCCAAUUUUCAGGCCCAUCUGAUCGAAGAAAAGAGAUCAAUCUAAACAGAGAAAUAGUAGAAGCACAAACUGCAGAUGAAGUGCUUGAAAUAAUCUCAGAGAUGAUAAUGGCAGUUGGAAAAGGAUUAAGUCCUUCACCUUUAUCUCCAUUAAACCUAGCAACAGCAAUUCAUCGUGUUGCUAAAAACAUGGAAAAAGUCUUAAUGCCAAGAACUCAUAGACUUGCAUUUGCAAGACGUAGAGAAAUGUCUAUGCUUGUGGGUAUAUCCAUGAUGAAUCUUCCGGAAUGUUCCGCUCAAGGCAUCUCAAAUAUCGCGUGGGCCCUAUCGAAAAUCGGAGGCGAUCUUCUUUACGUGUCUGAAAUGGAUCGAGUUGCAGAAGUUGCAUUGACCAAAGUUGACCAGUUUAACUCACAAAAUGUUGCUAAUAUCUCCGGUGCUUUUGCAUCCAUGCAACAUUCGGCUCCAGGGUUAUUUUCGGAAUUAUCAAAAAGAGGUUCGGAUAUUAUCACCACUUUUCAACCACAAGAACUUGCUCAAGUGCUAUGGGCUUUCGCAUCGCUUUUCGAGCCUGUGGAUUCGUUGCUUUCCGCUCUUGAUAAUGUUUACCAAAAUACCCUUCAGUUUAGGUGCAAGAAAGCAUCAAAAAAUCUUGAACCAUUGGAAGUUGAAAGCUUUCCUGUUCUUGAAUUCACCAGGGACGAAAUCGGAAACAUAUGUUGGUCGUAUGCUGUUCUUGGAGAAAUGAAUCGGGGUUUCUUUUUCAAUAUUUGGAAAACACUUGAGCAAUUUGAAGAGCAAAAUGUUUCAGAUCAAUAUAGGGAGGAUAUUAUGUUUGCUACUCAAGUUUAUCUUGUGAAUCGGUGUUUAAAAGUUGAAUACCCUCAUUUGUCGUUGUGUCUUAAAACUGAAAUUGAAGAUAAAAUAAUUCGAGCUGGAAGAAGUUCACGUUUUAAUCAGAAGAUCACUUCUUCAUUUCAAAAAGAGGUUGCGCGUCUUCUUGUUGCAACUGGUGUUGAUUGGGUAAGAGAAUAUGUUGUGGAUGGAUACACUUUGGAUGCUGCUUUGAUUGAUUUAAAACUUGCAUUGGAGAUCGAUGGGCCCACACAUUUUUCUAGAAAUUUAGGAAACCCUUUAGGGCAUACAGUGCUGAAAAGGCGAUACCUUGAAGCUGCUGGAUGGAAGGUUGUAUCAGUAUCUCACCAAAAAUGGGAAGAACUUGAAGGGAGUCAUGAACAGCUGGAUUACCUGAGAGAGAUUCUUCAAAACUACACGAAUUUGAAAGUGCAAGAGAUAUGAAGUUGGUUUUUUGUGUACAAACCAUGACAAUAUUGUACUUUUUUGACCACAUUGUACAAUUUUUCAUCUAAUUGUCAUAUUUUUAAAGGUCUGUUUGUGUUCAUGGUGUAUUUCUUUUUUUUUUUUGUAUUAUCAUGUAUGGGUGUAGGAUAUAUAUAGUUUUUAAAGUGGAUGAUUUUGAAAAGUCCUUAGCUUACAUAAUACACAUUAUAAGUUUA